UGAGGGUCUUUCAUCUGGAGGUCCCACCGAGAUCGGUGUUCUUGCUGCCCCAAAUCCCUGCCCGAGGAACCUCUGGAAGACCUACUGGGAGGUAAGCUGGCCAGCUCGAGCUCGUUGUCGUGUUGUCAUAUUUCUUGAAUCUCUGCAUGUCUGUUUCCACGUCUCUUGAGCGCAGCGUUAGUCUGAUCACGCGUGGUCACUUUGUACUUUGGGCAGCCCGAGAAGGAGUUGACGAACUCAGACUUCUCCCCUGCCACCCUGGGAGACGUCCCAGGGGACCUAAGUGCCCGAUUCUUCGGGAUUCCACACGUAUCCGAGGGAUACGUCACCUUGUUUUUUUGGCUGGAGGGACUUAUGCUCUCCGACACCACUUGGUACUUUCGGUUUGUGCCGAAGACGCGCAGCGUUUGUGAUCUGUUGUCUUGUCUUUGCUAUCUUGUGCCUGUUCCUUAACUUCCCUUCCGCUAGCGAGACUGAAAUGGGGCAAUCCAUGGUAACCCCCCUGAGUCUCACCCUCGACCAUUGGCAAGACGUCCGAAACCGUGCCAGCAACUUGUCGGUCAAGGUCAAAAAGAAGAAGUGGGUAACCCUCUGCACUUCUGAAUGGCCAACCUUCAACGUAGGCUGGCCCAAAGAAGGAUCCUUUAAUCCUGAUCUUGUUUCACAGGUCAAAUCCCACAUCUUCAUUCCAGGCCCUAGAGGACAUCCUGACCAAGUUCCAUACAUCGUGACUUGGGAAGACCUGGUUUUUGACCCACCACCAUGGGUCACCCCCUUCUCUACCCCAAAACCCCUCCUCUCUUCCCUUCCUAACACCGCCCAAACCUCUAGACUAUACCCUAUACUGGAUAAAUCAAAGCCCUCAGUUCCUCCUAAGUCAAAACCUCGGACUGUCCUUCCGCCCGAGGAGAAUACCUUGAUAGACCUACUAACAGAGGAACCCCCACCUUACCCUCCUCAACCUCUCCCCGACACCAACCCUCAUCCAGAUUCCUCCGAGGAGGAUGAGGAACCCCCAACUGCCGGGACCCUCCCAGACCCCUCUCCGAUGGUGGGAAGACUCCGGGGGUGCAAGGAGCCUACAACUUCUAGGGAAACCUCAAAGGCUUUCCCCUUGAGACAGACUGGAGGUCCCAACGGUCAAUAUCAAUACUGGCCUUUCUCUGCCUUCGACCUUUAUAACUGGAAAACCCAUAACCCUUCCUUCUCGAGUGACCCUGUAGCCUUAACCUCUUCGAUUGAGUCCAUUCUAGUGACCCACCAACCGACCUGGGAUGACUGCCAGCAGCUUCUCUAGACUCUCCUCACCUCCGAGGAGAGACAAAAAGUCUUAUUAGAAGCCCGUAAAAAUGUUCCUGGGGACAAUGGGCAUCCCACCCAACUCCCCAAUCUAAUUAAUGAGGCUUUUCCCUUGACGCGGCCUGAUUGGGAUUACAACACUGAUGAAGGUAGGAACCACCUACGUCUCUAUCACCAGUUACUCAUAGCGGGUCUCCAUGGGGCUGGACGAAGGCCCACCAAUUUGGCUCAGGUAAGACAAACUGUUCAGAGGGCGGACGAAACCCCUACUGCAUUUCUAGAAAGAUUGAAGGAGGCAUAUCGAAGGUUUACUCCUUUCGACCCAGAUAGUGAGGAACAGAAAGGCAAUGUCUCUAUGGCAUUCAUUUGGCAAUCUGCCCCUGACAUUAGAAGCAAGCUACAAAGGUUGGAUAAUCUGCAGGAUUUCUCCCUAGCAGAUUUGUUAAAGGAAGCAGAAAAGAUUUACAAUAAGAGGGAAACUCCAGAAGAAAAAGAAGAGAGGAUUAGGAAAGUGCAGGAGGAAAGGGAUUUGAGAUACCGAGAGGAAUUAGAUAAGAGGGAUCGAAAGCGUAAUAAAGAAAUAAGUAAAGUACUGGCUGCAAUAGCUCAGACAGGGCCACAAGAGACUAGGCCAGGGACAGAAAGGGGACGAAGCAGGCCCCAAGUGGAAUGCAACCAAUGCGCCUACUGCAAGGAAAAAGGACAUUGGGUAAAAGACUGUCCAAAAAAAUCCCAAAAGGCUCCUCAACUACUAACUUUGGAUGAUGAAGAUUAGGGAUGUCAGGGCCAGGAGCUCCCCCCUGAGCCCCGGAUAACUCUACAAGUGGGGGAGCAACCGGUAACCUUCCUAGUGGACACAGGAGCCCAACAUUCAGUGCUGACGCAGGACCCCGGACUCCUAAGUGGAAGGACAACAUGGGUCCAGGGGACCACCGGAUGCAAACCGUAUCGAUGGACCACUAAAAGAGAAGUCCACCUUGUCUCAGGUAAGGUCUCCCACUCAUUCCUGCAUGUGCCCGACUGUCCAUACCCAUUACUAGCAAGAGACUUACUAACCAAACUAAAAGCCCAGAUUUGUUUUGAGGAUGGAAGGGCCUCUAUAAGUGGGCCCAAUGGGGUGCCUCUCCAUAUACUGACUUUUAACUUGGAAGAUGAAUAUAGACUAUUUGACAAACUCCCCAAACUUGGCAAAGAUAUGGACUAUUGGCUCAGCUCCUACCCAGAGGCCUGGGCUGAAACUGGGGGAAUGGGAAUGGCAAUACGCCAAGCCCCCAUUGUGAUCUCACUCAAGACCACUGCAAUACCUAUCAAUAUUAAACAAUACCCCAUGUCCAGGGAAGCUUACCUAGGCAUUAAACCGCAUAUCAAGCGGCUCCUAGAUCAAGGCAUACUGACACCUUGCUGGUCACCCUGGAACACCCCCUUACUCCCAGUCAAAAAGCCAUGGACUCAAGACUAUCGCCCGGUCCAAGACUUAAGGGAAAUAAACAAGAGAGUGGAAGACAUCCACCCCAUGGUACCCAACCCUUAUAACCUCCUUAGUACCUUGCCUCCCACCCAUACCUGGUAUACUGUCCUAGAUUUGAAGGAUGCAUUCUUCUGCUUGAGGUUGAGUCCUCAGAGCCAGGCCCUAUUUGCAUUUGAAUGGAAGGAUCCUGAGGAAGGACUCUCAGGACAAUUGACCUGGACUCGGUUACCACAAGGAUUUAAGAACAGUCCAACACUUUUUGAUGAAGCCCUACAUCAGGACUUAGCUGAUUUCCGGGUAAGAAACCCCUCCCUAAUAAUACUCCAAUACGUAGAUGACAUUCUAAUGGUGGCCCCUACCAAAGAAGAAUGUACUGAAGGGACCAAAGCAUUACUGCAGGCUCUAGGGCAAUUGGGGUACCGGGCCUCUGCAAAGAAGGCACAAAUCUGUCAGACGAAAGUUACUUACCUCGGGUAUGAGCUUCAUAAUGGUCAGAGAUGGCUCACCGCAGCCCGGAAAGAGACUAUCUCGAGUAUUUCCACUCCCCAGAAUCCCAAACAACUACGGGAAUUCCUGGAGACAGCAGGUUUUUGUAGACUAUGGAUUCCUGGGUUUGCAGAGAUAGCAGCCCCUCUGUACCUAUUGACAAAGCAGAACAGCCCUUUCGCCUGGACAAAUGAACAUCAGAGGGCAUUUGACCACAUCAAACAGGCCCUCCUAUCUGCCCCUGCCCUGGGUUUACCGGACGUCACCAAGCCUUUUGACCUCUUUGUUCACGAAAAGCAGGGAUAUGCAAAGGGAGUCCUAACCCAGAAAUUGGGACCAUGGAGACGCCCAAUCGCCUACUUAUCAAAGAAGUUGGACCCUGUGGCAUCAGGAUGGCCUCCCUGCCUCCGGAUGAUAGCGGCAGUAGCAAUCUUGAUUAAGGAUGCUACUAAACUGACUCUGGGACAACCACUAACCUUGUUAACUCCACAUGCCAUCGAAGCAGUAAUCUGGCAACCUCCUGACCGCUGGAUCUCCAAUGCCCGGCUUACCCACUACCAAUCUUUAUUGCUGGACACGGACCGAAUACGGUUCGGUCCUUUAGUAACUCUAAACCCAGCCACGCUCCUGCCCCUCCCCGGGGGACCCGUCCCCCACAAUUGCCAACAGAUUCUUGCAGAGACCCAAGGAACUCGACCAUAUCUGUCAGACCAACCCAUGACGGACACGGAGUUAGUCUGGUUCACUGACGGGAGUAGCUAUUUGCUAGACGGGGAACGAUAAGCAGGAGCAGCCGUCACCACUGAAUCAGAGGUAAUCUGGGCGAGCGCAUUACCGGGAGGAACAUCAGCCCAGCGAGCAGAGCUGAUAGCUCUGACGCAGGCCUUAAAACUGGCUGAGGGGAAGAAACUCAAUGUAUACACAGACAGUUGGUAUGCCUUUGCUACCGCCCAUAUCCAUGGAGAAAUAUAUCGGCGGCGAGGGUUAUUAACCUCAGAGGGAAAAGAGAUCAAGAAUAAGACUGAAAUCUUAGCCUUAUUAAAGGCCCUCUUCCUGCCAAAGAGACUAAGUAUAAUACAUUGCCCUGGUCACCAAAAGGGAGACUAUCUAGAGGCAAAAGGAAACAGACUGGCAGACGAAACUUCUAGGAAUGCAGCUUUAGGCCCCCAGUUCCUGGUGACUACUCUAUUGCCCCAAAAGGCCACAAAGACUUCCAUUGAUCCUGAUGAACAAUGGGUGUACGAGGACAAGGACCUAGACAUUAUACAAAACCUAGGGGCUAACUAUAACUCAGCAGAGAACACCUGGGAAUACCAAGGGAAGACAAUAAUGCCACUCAGGAAUGCCAAGGAAUUAAUUAAGUCCCUGCACCGGCUCACACACUUAGGGACAAAGAAAAUGAAAAACCUCUUGGAUCGAGGGGAAGGAAAUCUAUACUUGCCCCAUAGAGACUCUCUUAUUAAGCAAGCAGUAGAAAAUUGCCAAGCCUGUGCCCAGGUGAAUGCAGGCAAGAUCAACACAGGAGCCGGGGUACGGGCCAAAGGACAUAAACCUGGGACCAAUUGGGAAGUGGACUUUACGGAGAUCAAGCCUGGUAUGUAUGGAUACAAAUACCUCUUAGUUUUUGUUGAUACCUUCUCUGGAUGGGUAGAAGCGUACCCUACCCGACAUGAAACGGCCAAAGUUGUGGCAAAGAAGCUGUUGGAAGAAAUUUUUCCAAGGUAUGGUAUCCCAGGGACCUUUGGAUCAGACAACGGGCCUGCCUUCACCUCUCAGGUAAGUCAGUUAGUGGCCAGUACAUUGGGGAUUAAUUGGAAAUUACAUUGUGCUUAUCGACCCCAAAGUUCAGGACAGGUAGAAAGAAUGAAUAGAACCAUUAAGGAGACUUUAACUAAAUUAACGCUUGAAACUGGCACUAGAGACUGGGUACAACUCCUGCCAUUAGCUUUGUACAGGGCCAGGAACACACCUGGUCCUCAGGGGUUAACCCCCUUUGAAAUCCUGUAUGGCGCACCACCACCUAAUGUAAAUUUCUAUGAAACUGAGAUUUCUGCUCUAUUUACCCCCCUGCAGACCCACUUACGCGCAUUACAGUUAGUCCAAAAUGAAGUCUGGAAGCCCCUAGCGGCAGCCUACAAGGAACAACUGGAGAAACCAACAGUGCCACACUCCUUCAAAAUAGGGGACACCGUCUGGGUCCGCAGGCAUCAGAACAAAAACCUUGAACCUCGCUGGAAAGGACCUUACACCGUCUUGCUGACCACCCCUACCGCCAUCAAGGUAGACGGCAUUGCAGCUUGGGUCAACGCAUCCCACGCGAAAGCUGCACAUCCACAAGACACCACCCCUGCACCCCAGGAAUCAACAUGGAGGUUACAACGCACCCAAAACCCACUAAAGAUAAGACUUUCACGCUGUUAA